AAUCCCUUCCCCCCCACCCCCCCGCCAUUUCCGGAUGGGAACGCUUUGUAAAUUUCUUCCACGUUGACGCGUGGGACCAAUUUCGUCAACACAAUCCGGAGUGGUUAACAUGGCGGCGGCCAUAAGAUGUCUCGGUAGAGUCUUGAUACAUCAUCAAAGGCAUAGUCUUUCCAAGGUGACUUCUCAGACGUCUCUUCAUCUUUGUUCCAUAUACAUUCCAGUGCCCAACAGACAUUUUGCAGCCGCAGCAAAGCCUGCAAAGAAGACAAAAAAAGGUACUAAAGAAAAAGCAUCAAAUGAGAAAAAAGUUGAUAUAGAAAAAAUAAAGUCAUAUCCUUUUAUGGAAGGUGAACCUGAAGAUGAUGUCUACCUAAAACGCUUAUACCCAAGGCAGAUAUACGAGGUGGAGAAAGCUGUUCACUUACUUAAGAAAUUUCAAGUUUUGGACUUUACAAAUCCAAAGCAAGGUGUUUAUCUUGAUUUGACACUGGAUAUGACACUGGGGAAGAAGAAAAAAGUGGAGCCAUUUGCCAGUGUUCUUAAUUUGCCAUACCCAUUCAUUUCAGAAGUGAGUAAAGUUGCCGUAUUUACAGGGAAUGCAUCAGAAAUUAAAAUAGCAGAAGAAAAUGGAGCUGCAUUUGCAGGAGGAACUAAUCUGAUUCAGAUGAUUUUGGAUGAUGAAAUUCAAGCAGAUUUUUAUGUAGCUGUUCCAGAAAUAAUGCCCGAGCUUAAUCCAUUAAGGAAGAAACUGAAAACAAGAUUUCCUAAGUUUAAUCGAAAUUCCGUUGGCCGGGACAUCCCCAAAAUGCUUGAAUUAUUUAAAACUGGAAUUGAAAUUAAGGUAGAUGAAGAAAGGGAGAACUUUCUGAAGACCAAAAUAGCAACACUGGAUAUGCCAGGUGACCAGAUAGCUGCCAAUCUGCAGGCCGUUAUCAACGAAGUUUGUCGGCAAAGACCACUGAAUUUGGGACCUUUUGUGGUACGUGCUUUCCUUCGAAGCUCAACAAGUGAAGGUUUGUUACUAAAGAUCGAGCCAUUGUUGCCUAAAGAAGCAGAAACCAAAGAAAGUGACAAAAAAGCUGCCUAAAUGUGUUGUAUUGUGAAAUUAUUCUCACUGGUUCAAGAAGCAACAGCGAAAAUUAUAAAACUGUUUUCUAA